CCGGCCGCGCAUAAAAGGCUGGCGGAGCCCCUGCGCACUUGUGCUGAGAAUUCUCCAGUGUAUCUCUCUGCUCUCGUCUGUGUGUCCAGACCUGGUCCACGCAGUCAUGGCCUCCGGCAACGCAUCCAUUGGAAAACCCGCUCCGGACUUCACGGCCACCGCCGUGGUGGAUGGCGCCUUCAAGGAGGUCAAGCUUUCGGAUUACAGAGGGAAGUACGUAGUCCUCUUUUUCUACCCAUUGGACUUCACUUUUGUGUGCCCCACGGAGAUCAUCGCCUUCAGCGAACAUGCCGAAGACUUCCGAAAACUGGGCUGUGAGGUCCUGGGCGUCUCUGUCGACUCUCAGUUUACCCAUCUGGCCUGGAUCAACACCCCCCGGAAAGAGGGAGGCUUGGGCCCGUUGAACAUCCCCCUACUUGCCGAUGUGACCAGAAGCUUGUCCCUUAGUUAUGGCGUGUUGAAAAAUGAUGAAGGCAUCGCCUACAGGGGUCUCUUCAUCAUCGAUAGCAAGGGUGUGCUUCGUCAGAUCACUGUCAAUGACUUGCCCGUGGGGCGCUCAGUAGAAGAGGCUCUGCGUCUGGUCCAGGCCUUCCAGUACACAGAUGAGCAUGGGGAAGUCUGUCCAGCUGGCUGGAAGCCUGGCAGUGACACCAUCAAGCCCAAUGUGGAAGACAGCAAGGAAUACUUCUCCAAACACAACUAAAGGGGCAGACCCAUAGUGAGCAUCUCUUCUUGGGUCCCAGCUGUGCCCCCACCUGGAUGUCCUGUGCUGGCCCAGAAAAGUGCAGCCCUGGGCCCUUAAGCUCUCAUAGUCUGAGGGAAAACUGGAAGACUUCUCCCCCACAUGGGGAUCUGGUGACUAGUUGACCCCCCCCCCUCCCUUUCUGGAGCCCAUCUAGCUGGGCACAGGUCUGUAGGUGACCAAUAAAAGUAUUAGGGACAAAUGUGAA